GGGCUCGUGUUGAUUGUAUAUGAUUGUUGAUUGUAUAUGAAUACAAUCAAAUCUAUACCAAGUAAAGUAGAGUGUUCUGAAUCCUGUAUCAUGUUUUUACUGACGUGCUGGGGCGAGUACAAUCCCCUGAUCAGCGCACACCUUAUAUGGUCCUUUCUAACAGGUAGAGUGGCUCAAGCUUGAAUCCUGGUGUCAAGAUUCUAAGAGCUUGAAUCAGAGGAAAUUCGAUCUCUUAAAAAUGCCCUCCGCACAGUAGCAGGUGCACAGUACACAGAAGAGUAACAGAAGAAGUUUUUCAAAAAGUACGUAUCAGGAUAGGGGGAAUUCUCAAUAGCAAACCUCUAGGUUAUGUCUCCUCCAAUGUGGCAGAUUCAGACCCAAUUACCCCAAAUCUCCUGCUCAUGGGUCGGCCAGACAGCUCUUUACCUCAAGUGAUAUACCCUGCCAAUGAGUCCAUAGGACAACAUGGAUGGAGACAAAGUCAAGUUCUCACUGAUAAUUUUUUUGUCGAGCUUCAUGAGACACUACUUACCCAAUCUCCAGCUACGACACAAAUGGCAUGCAGAGACUAAAACCCUUGCAGUUGGGUCUGUUGUUAUGAUGGUUGAUCCCCAGCUACCACGAGCCCUUUAGUUGAUCAGGAGAGUAUUAAGGACAUUCCCUGGAGCAAAUGGACAAGUAAGGUCUGCAGAGGUCAACGCUAAGGGUCGAUUUUACACAAUACCCGUCUUUUUAAUCUACCAGAGAUAGCUGCUGAGGAUGAUACCAAGAUCAAAAUGACAGACUUUUAACUUGGAUUUAGGGGCAAAUAUGCCAUGCAUAAAACCCAGUGAAGUUUGAGUGUUCUGAAUCCUGUACCGUGUUUUUACUGACACGCUGAGUACAAUCUCCUGAUCUCCACACACUCGAUAGUGAAACUCUCUUCUAUGGUCCUUCGAGCUAGAUAGGAAACCUUCCUAACAGUAACACACAGCCUUCACACGGGCAGAAGUGCUGAUUUCCCACAGCCAUGUGUGAAUUGGUGUAUACAUGUUUACAGUAUGUCUCGGUUUCUUCUUUUAUCUCAUUAGCUUUUUUGUUUUUUUACCCUGAUGAUUCAUAAUUGGCAGGUCACAUGGUACAUGAUUUAGCUGUGUAACAUACAUCAUUAUUUGUCAUACUGAUGAGAAAUUGCAAACAAGAGAAUAGCGAUGACAUGAAAUAAGAGACACUUGUCACAUGCUGUGCCAACAGGCAAUUUGAUUGGUCCAUCAUGUGGACAUGGGCACUACUUCCUGUCAUCCUGGCAGCGUUCGGCACUAUAGGCAUUUGGACUGUGUUUGGUUUAGCUGUGUCUAAUGAUACAGUGAAUCUGACAGUUGAAUUUCCAUAUAUCAGCACAUGUGGCUCAUAUAACCCUCAGAGCUGCCUGUUCUCCCAGAUAUGCAACAUUUGCUCUGUGCUAGGUGAGUGCUUCUCUCUUUCUUUCUCACUUUCAUUUAUUUAUCCAUUAAUUUUCUUUCUCAUACUGCCACCCGAUCCCGAUGCAGCUCUGUGGAUUGUGAUUAUGAGGUUCCAGCAGGUGAGAGAUUUCAACUGUGCAUCACGAGUAAACACAGUCAGUCUAGUUCUAGGGUUCAUUUCAUCAAUAGGAAUCUCCAUCCUGGGAAACUUUCAGCAAACAGUGGUGAUGGGUGCUCACUUGUUGGGUGCAUUCCUGGCAUUUUUUGUGGGUCUGGCAUACUUCUGGGUUCAGGUGUGGCUCACUUACCGUGCCAAACCAUCAGAUGAUAAGAAGUGGGCGGGGCCUGCACGCAUCAUUUUCUGCAGUCUGUGCACUUGCUUGGUUCUUCUCAUGUCUGUGUUCCAUAACAUAGGCUACCGAUCGGAAGCUGCUAUGUGUGAGUGGGCUUUGGUCAUGUGCUUCUUCAUGCUCUUCGGCAUUUUCUCCGCAGAGUUUCGCCACAUUGAUUUUCAUCAACUGCACGUCCAGAACGAGGGGCUCAACAAAAGCACCCUCGAGUCUCCAGCACAGCACAAUAAAUAGUAUCUCUAACGAGACACACUGGGAACACACACACACACACACACACACACACACACACACACACACACCCCUGUUAACAAGUGAGAGUUUAACCCUCAGCACGGUUGAACAGAUUGAGUUAUUGUAUUGUAUGGGUUUAUGCUGCUAAUACGGACCGGAUCUUGUAGAAUGUAAGAGAAUUCUGGUCUUAUCAAAUUUAUCAGGUUUUUCUAAAGGUGUCUAAUUUAUAAUCCCAUCCCAAAGCAUUGACUAAUUUAUUAAUCUAGCCAGUCACAGUUAUUUAUGACAUUGUUAUCAUUUAUAUGUUUAUAUCUUGCUGAAAUAAUAAAUAAAAUACAUGUCCUCAUUG